UGAUUCCCCCCGCGUCACCUUCCGCUGAAUGUCAAUAUCUUUGGGAGAGAAGUUUCAUCCUCGCGCCCUCCAUUCCCCUCCUCGAGCUCCUCUCUCGCGCCCCGCCUCGCGCCAGCUGCACACCUGAGCCGCCGCGGGUGAGAAAAGGAAAAACAGGCAGCAUGGGAGAGGCACCGGUCAGAGAGGAUGGCACAGUGACACGAUCAGCAGAGUAUGUGGGCUCAUUUCCUGUGGAUGACUGCUGUUUGGACGACCAGAUAGAGCAACUGCACAGACAGCUGAAGUCCCUCAAAGGAUGCAGGAGGCGGCGGCCGGUGUCCCUCAAGUUCUCCGUCAAAGGCGUGAAGAUGUACAACGAGGACGAGACGACCCUGCUGAUGGCCCACGCUCUGCGCCGAGUCUCUCUGUCCACCGCCCAGCCGGCCAACGCGCAGUUUGCCUUCGUCUCCCAUAACCCCGGCAGCCCCGACGCCCAGCUCUACUGCCACGUCUUCAAAGCCCGGCAUGCCCGAGCGGCCCAGUUCCUGAACCUGCUGCUGUGCCGCUGUUUCCAGCUGUCGUACCUGGAGAAGCAUCCUGACGAGGCGCAGGAGGACGCGACCGGCGCCGCGCCCCGUCGCAAACCCUCCCUGCUCAACCACGGCUUCCCCCUUAGUGUCAGCGCCCUGGUUUCCUUUCGAAGAGCUCCUUUUCGGGGGUUGUUGCUGGGCUCAAAGAAAUCUCAAAAACCUUCCGACGACAGCCAAGACGAUGUCUUUCCCGCCUCGUCUCCCUCUCUGAUGCGCAAGAAAGUCAUCCGCGCCAAAGGGCUGCGCUCGGGCGCUUACCGCUCUUUCACCUGCACGCCGCUCAAACAGCGCGCCGUUCAGGAGCGGCUGGGCGCCUCACAAGAAAAGGAUCCAGAACACAGACCAGCCAAGCGGUCCCGGGCUCCGAGCCUGGCCGAGACAGAAGAAGCUCUGGCUCAAGCUGUGUGGUGUUGGGCUGGCAUCGCAGCUGACAGCAGCUACUCCCUCCUGGCAGAUGACGUCCUGGGAUCGUACCUUCUCUGCCCACACCCGAAAAAGCCCAAAUGCGGUUCCCUCAUCAUUCGCCUCCCGUCCGGCCUGACCGCCCACCUCAUAGAAAACACCCGUAAAGGGAAAUUCUCUCUCGAGAAAUGCAAGCUGGAGUUCAUUUCAAUUGCCGAGCUGAUCGAUCACUACACGGAGACCCAGGACGAGCUGCCGUGUCUGCUGAGCUGUGCACGGGUGAACCACUGCUACGAGUGGGAGGAGAGUGCCCACACUGAGCCCACUGUGAAGCUGCACAGAAGCCCAAACAGAGUCAAAACGAAAAGCACACACUGACCGGAGUCGCUGGGGAAUGGAGGCCGCCAACCUGUGUCGAUGCAAAAUAAGUGACAGGCAUUUUUUUUUUUUU